GCCGCUAUUGGCUGCGUCCGUUUGUGUCUCUACAGUGAGAGCAGAAGGACGGCCUCUAUGAGGCUUUUAACCUCACGUAUUUUCUUCUCUGGUGUGUUCUCAAAAGCACCUUUACAGGGUCAAAGAUGGACCUUGUGCUCAACGUUGCAGAUUAUUACUUCUUCACUCCGUAUGUGUAUCCCUCAUCAUGGCCUGAAGAUGAGCCUCUGCGGCAGAUCAUCGGCUUGAUGGUGGUCACCAACCUGGGUGCUGCGAUCUUAUAUCUAGGCCUUGGUGCUUUGAGCUACUUCUUCAUUUUUGACCACAAAUUAAAGCAACACCCUCAAUUUUUGGAGAACCAGGUGCAGCGUGAGAUAAAGUAUGCAUUGUGGUCUUUGCCCUGGAUCAGCAUACCGACGGUAGCAUUGUUUUUCGCCGAGGUCAGAGGAUACAGCAAACUGUACAACAGCGUCAAUGAUUCGCCCCUCGGAUGGUCAGGGCUGAUUUUCAGCAUGGUCUCUUUCCUGUUUUUCACUGACAUGUGCAUUUACUGGAUUCACAGAUUUCUUCACCACAAGUUGAUAUAUAAGUAUUUUCACAAACCACAUCACAUUUGGAAGAUCCCGAGUCCGUUCGCCAGCCACGCUUUCCACCCCGUGGAUGGAUUUCUCCAGGGCCUGCCAUACCACAUCUACCCCUUCCUCUUCCCCCUACACAAGAUUCUGUACUUAGUCCUGUACGUGUUCGUCAACAUCUGGACCAUCUCCAUCCACGACGGGGACUACCGCGUGCCCAGCCUGAUGGAAGACGUCAUCAACGGUUCAGCUCACCACACAGACCACCACCUUUUCUUCGACUACAACUACGGGCAGUACUUCACCCUGUGGGACCGCAUCGGAGGCUCCUACCGCUACCCUUCGCCAUUGAUGGGCAAGGGUCCGCACGACCAAAUUAAGAAACUAAUGGCAGAAGGGAAGCUAAACGGCCAUACAGAUAAUAACAAAAAUAAUGUUCGUGUCAAGAAAGAGUAGGUAGGCAGGUUAAGCAUCAUGAAUGAGGUAAGAUUUCUGCUCCUAAAAUAAGUCACAAGAGACUCUACAUAAAUAAUCAGUUAUGCAUAAAAUCGCCAAAAGGAAGCUAGAACAAAAUGCGUAUAUUUUUGCCAAAUAGAAACAUUCGCUAUGGCUUCCCUGUUGGGGUUAUUGCUUUUGUGUAACUUAAUAUGAAUAACUUAAAUUAACAGGCUUCUAUCAAGUAAGCGUCUAUAAUUUUGUUGUCACAAACAUUCAAAGAAUGUAUGAAGAUUGACAGGACUAUCCCUUUACUUCACCUCAGUUCACCUUUCCAUUUAAGUACACAAGACUCUGAUUUCUCCAUAGCUCUGUUUAUCUAUGAACUGAUAAAUGGUUCAGCGACCAGGUGAAGGUUUCUGUUGAUCUGCAGUCGUCUUGUUUUAAAAGAGAUUCUGUGGUUUGCCUUUGAUAUGAAAUGCACAUUCUUUCCAAAUAAAUAAAAAAAAAAUAGCUGUAUACUUCA